GCCUGCACGAUGCCCAAGUCCCCAUCUUGAACCUCUUGGUAUGGAUCCUCUGUUCCUAUUGCUUUUCAGGCAGUCUGAGGAGAAGUCAGUUGGUUGAUUACGCCAAUAAAUGCCGGCAGGCACAUGCAGUCAAUCAGGAAGCGACAUGUAAUAAUGAAACCGAUCGUCUUCGGCAUAGCACAACUGGGAGCGUUCGAGGCCACAUCUUCCUUAGCGGCCUCGGACAGCGCCAGAAACGAGGCCAGGCACCUACUGCGUUUCAGAUACGUAAUGAACAGGUCCUGCGUCGCCUGCAGGACGUAUGGCAAUUUGCAGUUGUUGCUAAGGCAUUUUCAUGGAUACACCGACUCUAAAAUACAAGUACAGAGUCACGGUGCCACAGAUCAUUGGCACCUGGAAACCCUGCUCAGACAGACACUCCGUCUUCGGGGUGGGCUGGAAGCUGCCAUAACGAAGGAACCUCACCAUGUACCUUUGGCUGAUUCGCCCGUUCUCCUUCGGACUCUUGGCCAACAAACCGUCGAACUAUCUGUGGCCGUUUCAAACUUGAAGAGUUCGAUUCGUCAGUUAGCAACAGGUACAGGAUUCCUUUGCCCUGGACACUCCGUUUUCCGUUUGAUAACGGCUCACUUCUCGCAGGUCUGGACUUGUCAUACAGUUUGCCCACACGAGCAGGAUGCAUACCUUACGUUCAACUUGCAUGGCUUCCAAGGUCCAGUAGCACGGUCGCACUCAAAAUGAGCGGUUGAAGACAUCCUCAAAGUACUGAUAUCAGCAUGGAUCAUCGGUGACACAGCGGCCGGAGCUAUCCAGAGUCAUGCCAAAGCAAAAUGAUCUGGUCUA